AAGAAAGCUGAGCCCCUCUGACAAAAACAAGGGCUGGGACUCCAGCGAGAGAGGAGCAGUGUGUCUGAUGCACAUUCAGCACAGGCUCUUCAUCCGUUUAUAAAAACAUUUUGUAUUCUUUUUUUCUUUUUCUAUUUUUUUUUUUAAAUUUGUAGAGGAAGAAGCACAUCAUCGCACCAUGUUGUCGGUGAAUUCAGCCCGUCAGCUCUGCAAAAUGUUACUCUCCCUGCACGUUGUUUUCCUGAGCGUGGCGAUGGUGGAGAGCAGCGCAUCAAAUGGAAAAGAAAAAGACUGCAUAAGAUCCAAUGGUGUGGAGUACAGAGGGGAACAAGGGAGCUCCUCCUCGGGUCUGACCUGUCUGAACUGGACCAACACUUCCAGAGACUAUGAUUUUAAAAUGCAGCCUGAUUCACAGACAGGUGUCGGAGAUCACAAUUACUGCAGAAACCCGGACUCCUCUGAGAGGCCUUGGUGCUACAUUGCUGGCCCAGAUGGGACAGUCCAGAGACAGUUCUGUGCGAUUGACGUAUGCAAAGAACAAGCCUCUACGAUGCCUGCAGAGGCCGAAUCCCUCAACCCAACAGGAACCACUCCCUCCACAGAGAGCUUUCAGCCGGCCAAGUCAGGAGGCUCUCAGGGUGAAGUUGCUGCUGUGCAGCCGGUGAUGGGAAUCAGCCAGCGAGUGCGCACGGGACCCAAACAGAAAAAGGACCUUGGCACACUCGGCUACGUCCUCGGCAUACUCAUGAUGGCGAUUAUAAUCAUCCUCGGUACUGGCAUCACACUUGGCUACUUCUAUAAGAGGGGUCGAGACCUAAAGAAGCAGCAUGACCAGCGAGUGUAUGAGCGCGAGAUGCAGAGGAUCACCCUGCCCCUGUCGGCUUUCUCCAACCCCACCUGCGAGCUGGUGGACGAGAACACCAUUGUGAUCACAGCGGAGCACGAGACCACCCCCGUCCAGGAGGGCGUGGAGGGUGGGGACCCCCUCAUGGGCCAGCAAGCUGGCACCCCCGGAGCAUGAGUAGGCGUGUAGUCCUCAAACAGUGGGCUGUGAUAUGUUUUUGUGGACCAAAACACUCCCAUCUCCCUGUUUCUCCUUUUUCCACCUCCCUGAGCAACCUUAGUUGUUUUUUUUUUUUUAAAGGAGAAGGGGAGCAGUGUUCGCUCCAAAGACUUGAACUGAAUGCUGUGCCAUUUGUGUCCCGUUUCCUUUGAGUUUUAUACAACUGAGGCACAACAAAGAUAAGCUGACACACAAUGGACACAGUUUUAACAACUAGAAACCAUUAUGGUGAAUCUGUUGUUAAUGAAGAUAUCUCACGAGGUCUUUAAUAUUCAUAUUUGAUACAUUUGAUGGCCAAGAAAACAAGGUCAUGGGCUGCCCCGUUAAAUAACAGUAUGAAUAUCUUGUAUAAAAAUGGACAUUGAUGAGUAAGUGUUUAUAAUGGUGUGUCAUAAAACCAGUGUCUUGUAAAGAGAUGGUGUUUGGACUGAGGGAAUGUUUAUAAGCUUUUGUUUUUCAGUAUGUUUCCAUGUGGAGAUGGUGUUAUCCACAGGAGGUGUGGUUACAUGAUGAACAUGUGGUUGAUUUUCAUUUGUAUUGACCCUACUGGCUGUGCCAAGGGAGAUGUGGACAAAAGAAAAAAAAAUGUAAAGGCUGGUUUGUCUUCAAGACACACUGGUGACACAGAUUCGAGUGUCCAAAAAUAGUCAUCCUCCGCUGAGACAGGAUGAGGUAAAACAGGCCCCACUAAAGACAAGGGAAGGCCUCCAAAAAUUGCCUUAGCAUGAUACUUCUGAAUGUAUUUGUUUGUCUUUUCCCAGAUUUUAUUUUUUUUUUCUCUUUGUACUUGACUGACAGGCCAAUGAGGUUACAAAGCAUGACAGCGGUCAUUGGCAGACAUGAAAGAGGACUUGCCCUUUUCUUCCACAGGUUAAGGAGUGACAGGAAAUACACAGAGAGCUCUCAGGAAGCAUGAGAGACAGUAGUUAGUCCUCAGGACAAAAUAGCACUGCCACAACACAGAACAGGUGGGAUCAGAACAAGAAAACAACCUGAGAUCUUGUCUUUGUGGAGCAGGACUGUGUGUGUGUGUGUGUGUGCGUGUGUGUGUGUGUGUGUGUGUGUGUGCGUGUGUGUGUGUUGCAAGUGCUGAAGAAGCCUGGUGCCUAGAUUAGAUUCAGACAUUUGAGUUAUGCACCUGAAGCUUCAGGGUAGAGACAGGAAUGGAGUAGAAUAGAAACAGUCCAAAGUUUGAUGUUGUUCAUGCAAAAAAAAAAAAAAAAAAAACAUGAAUGCAUGUACAUGGUUACCUGCUGUAUGGUUGUAUUCAGGGGCCACUUUUUGCAUCGUAAAAAAGUAGAGCUACUCAUUGAAGAAGACAUUUAGAAAAUGCCUGCCUGAAAAUAGAAAUCACCGUUCACAGAAGAUUUUAGUUUGUUGAUGCACAUGAUGCACCAUUACUUCCCAGUGUGUUGCCAGUUAGUUUAUCUAUCCAUCACUCCCAAUGAUCUUAUUUUGUGAUUACUGCUGGAGCCACAUCACUGGUAAUCUCUGGUUAUGCUGUUCCAUUAUUUUAAGCGUCUGUGUGAUGGCUGUGAGUAUUUUCUUCUUCAUAUAAGCAACGUGUUCACAAUACUGUUGUUCAGCAUUUGAAUUUAGUACUUGCAUUUGUAUGAAUGCAGAUUUUCACUGCUGAGAUUGAAAUAAAACAUCAAACACAGA